AUGUUGCAUCGUAUAGUUAUCAACAUUGCUGGCGGUCAUUAUGCUGGUGCUUUGCAAACCACCAAAGAAAUCGAAUCCAAACUACUGGGAAUAUUCAAGCAUGAUGUUAGAGUAAUUGAUCUCGAUGAACGUGCCAUCGCACCGAGACAGUAUUCAGACAAAGAUUACGAUUUCGAAAGUAUUAUACAUGAAAUUAAAAACGUAAGCUCAAAAGGGGAUUUAGUGAUAAUUUUGGUAUGCGGCUGUUACUCAUUAUUCGACUCGAAACUAUGCGACUUAUCUUCUUUGAAAGUGUUUGUGGAUAGCGAUGGCGAUAAACGGUUGAUCAAUCUAAUACAGCAAAAACAUGUUAUCACUGGGGAUGAUCUAGAAUCCUGUAUUUCUUAUUACAUGGACCAUCUUCGUCCAGAAAUGAUAAAUUAUAUAGAUCCAAGCAAAACGAAAGCAGAUAUCAUCAUUCCUUCGGCAAAUGAUGCGUUGGGUACAGCAAUAAUUGUUGAUGGUAUAGUUAAGGUGGUGGAACAGUAUCAAGGUGGCGGGUCCAAUGAUACAAAAAAGCUUUUCCCACAAUUGGAUUUCAAUUUAGAAAGGAUGGAACUUCAAAAGGAAAGAUACUACGAAUUGAGUUGA